AUGCAGCUAUCGUAUGAGUAUUUGAGGCUGUACGCAAAUGCUUUCGCCUUUCAAGCCGCUGCGCUUCGAACAUUAUCGCCCAAUAGGUCAGCACUUGAUCACGAAACUGACCACAUCAAAAGCCUUGGAUCUCUUCCUGAAGCUCGCUUCAAGUAUGAGUCAAUCGAUGCCGCCAAGUCGUUGCUGACCAUUGUCAAUAACUACAUUCUGUCCGCGGAAAAUCUGAAUACGUUCCCAAUACGCUUUCCUUUGUAUUGUGUCAAUGCUGCUGUUUUUCUCUACAAGAUAUGGACCCUCAAGGCCAUUUCGAAACCAGAACGCGAGAGCAUCCGCAGAUUGAUUAAUGAUACAAUAAAUUCCCUUCGAAGAGGAACCAAUCAGCCCUCGGAACUCGGAGCGAGGUAUGCGCAUCUACUCGAAGUUCUGUGGGAACGAGCAGAUCAGCGGCCCGGCAUCAAUGAUGAGACCUCGGACUUUGAGAAUCGAACAUGUCAAACAGCUCGACCACAAGAAUACGCACCUCGGGAAGGGUUUUCGUGGCUCGACUUGGAGGCUAUUGGGGACUUUGUAUGGGGUGAUUCGGUUUUAAACGAGGGCUUUGAUUUCGCCAACACACAGCAAUCAAUGGACAACUUGCGCGAAGGUGUCGACUGGAACGACACGCAUAUGCUCGCAGGUAAUGAGUUUUCUCGAAUAUUCUAA